UUGAGGUGGGAUAAAAAAAAAAAAAAAAAAAGCAGGAACAGGACUUCCAAGAGGGGUUGGACCGGUUCCAGUGCUAGCAAAAGUUGGACUCCUGCUUUAUCCAAAUUAGGUUGGAACUGCGGGAAGUUGGCAUCUACUUAUUAAACUCCAUCUUCGACUUCCGCAUAGGGUACCAGUUGCGCCAAUCAAACGUGAACACAGCUGACGUCAUUUCAAUCCAGUUCACCAAUCAGACGACACAAGGCAGUCAUAUGACCUUCAAUUAAUCAAAAUGGGGCGGGGAAGCGCCCACGUGUGUUUACAGACCAGAAAACAACAGCAGUUGUCUGACCGCUCUUUCAUUGUGACUGCCCAAGCUUGGAUAUUUCAGCCUACUUCAAACUUGAGACAACACAUUUUGGUGUUACCUGCUCAGGUGUCGUCACAGACUCAUAAAAGAAAUGCAUAUGGCUGGACUUCAGGUGGAAGCGGCUGAAAUUUUACUGUAAACUUGUGUAGAAAAUGUCACAUUUAUACCUCUCUGACUUUUUAUCCAGCUUUUGCCUAGUGCAGCUGCUGUACCUAAUAAAGUGUCCGUUGAAUGCAGCUGAAUGUGUGCGUUGACCCGAAAGUGGGCCCCCUUGUGGACUUCCGUGUAACUGCAACACUCUGGAGGAACAGCGAGGGAAGGAGGACUCAAUCAGUGCGUCUCUCUUUUACUGCCUGUCACAUGUAAUUGGCCCGCAGGGGAGGGGAUACUGGUUAAGCCCCGCGACUUUAACCUCCCACCUCAAGAUUAAAAAAAACAAAAAAACAAACAACUUUCUUCACGCCUCUAAUUGGUGGAGAACUCUUCCCAAAUGCUCUCAUCCAUUAGAAAGCAAGAGGAGAGCCGCUUGCUGUAGUGUUCCUCUCUCUUCCUCUCUCUCCUCCCUCUCUCUCUCUACCUCUCCCCACGCUCCCUCUCUCUCUCUGCGCGCAGACAGGCGCGCUCGUUCUCAGUCUGCGCACAUCUCGCACUUGGCCAGCAUCACUUGGAGUCCACAGACGCGGCUCUGAUUGAGCCUCCUCAUCAGAGCGGAGGUCCGCGCCGCUCCACCCCAACACCCAACAUCCUUGGAAGAGUUAACACCGUCUAGCGCACAACAAUUGGAGGACUGUGUGUGUGGGAGUGCGUUUAUUGGUUUGGGGGGUUUGUUUUGAAUUUUGGCAGCGUGGAUUGGAGCUGGUGUAAAACUCUCAAAGCCGCAGAGGAGAAUUUUGUUUUCCAAGUCGUUCAAGAGAUUUUUUUGGGAAGGAUUUCUAACUUUUCUGCUGCUGCAAAAGAAGCAGCAGCGGUGGAAUUCAGUGAGCGGCGCCCGAACGAGAGCGCGCUGCACCGAAGAGCACGUUGACCCACAGGACCGCACCUACGGAGAUAAGGUUAUGACUGAGCACAGCUGAACAUGGGGCUUUUGUGGAUUUUGUUGUUUUCUAGCGUCUACCCCAUUGCCCGCUGCCAAGGCGUUUACGCUCCUGCUAAUGCCCAGAUUGUGCACUCGGGUGCCGCGUGCAACGUCAAGGAUGAUAACAUCAGCGAGAGGAUCUACACCAUCAAAGAGGGAGACACGCUUGUGCUUCAGUGCAUCGUGAAGGGACACCCGAGACCUCAGAUACGAUGGACGAAGACGGCAGGCAGCGCCUCAGAUAAAUUCCAGGAGACGUCCAUCUACAACGAGACGCUGCGCAUCGAGGGCAUCCAGAGGGUGCAGGGGGGGCGCUACUACUGCAAAGCCGACAACGGGGUUGGGGUGGCUGCCAUCAAGUCCAUCCGUGUAGAUGUGCAGUACCUGGACACACCAGUUCUGACAGUUCACCAGACCAUCAGUGAUGUGCGUGGCAGUUAUUACCAAGAGAAGACGGUGUUUCUUCGCUGCACUGUCAACUCCAACCCGCCUGCUCGCUUCAUCUGGAAGCGGGCAAACGUGCUCAUCGAACAGAGCAAAGAUAAUGGAGUGGACAUCUACGAGCCACUUUAUACUCAGGGUGAGACCAAGGUCCUGAAGCUGAAAAACCUGAGAACGAAGGAUUUUUCCGAUUAUACCUGCCAGGUGUCGGUUCGUAAUGUGUGUAACAUUGAAGACAAGUCGGUCACCUUCAAGCUCACAAACAGCACGUCUCCCCCGAUGGUUCGCCUGUCUGUCAACGACACGGUUGUUGCGGAUCCCGGGCAGGAUGUGGUCAUCACGUGCCAUGUAACUGCGGGUUUCCCACCACCUACUGUGAUUUGGUCACGUUACCCGGGACCUCUUCCCCUCAACGCCAAGGUUCGGGGUUCCCAGCUGACACUGAGGGCCGUGACGCCGACAGACGGAGGCUUCUACAACUGCACAGCUGUCAACAACGUGGGCAACCCCGCCCGUAAAAACAUCAACGUCGUUGUCAGAACAAUGAGCAACCUGACCUUCCAAAUUACUCCGGACUCCAACAAGGACAGCGAGACCAUCCAAAUGGGUCGAGACCUCAAGCUGUCGUGUCACGUUGAUGCCAACCCUCAGGACAAGGUCAACUAUACCUGGUACAAGAACGGCGCGCUGGUUUUCAACUCCGACAGCCUGAUCUUGCUGCGCAGUGACCCCGAUAUGGCGCCGGGCACAAGCAGCUUGGAGAUCGUGGACAUGAAAUUCCGAGACUUGGCAACCUACAGCUGCGUGGCAAAUUUCCCGGGCAGCAGCGUGCCAGAGCUCCGAGUAGAUGUCAACAUCUCCCAGAACAGUGUAUCUCCACCAAUCCUGGCAGUCCCCCCAGAAGGUGAUGUGGUUAGUGCCCGAGAAGGCGGGACAGCUGAGCUGGUCUGCUUAGUGAUGGAUGGCAAACCACGACCGCCAAUCCUCUGGUCCCGCACGGAAAAGGACCUGCUAAUGCCGUCUGGCAAGGCCGUGGUGGAGACGCCCGAUGGCCGCUUGAGGUUGAAGAACAUAAGCCGGGACAUGAUGGGGGUUUACCGCUGCCAGACUGCUCCUUAUAAUGGACUCAACAUCAAACGGCGAGAGGAACAGGUCAAGCUCAAUGUGCAAUUUCCUCCCAUUCUGGACCCAGUCUAUCAGGACAGACGUGCAAGGAACUAUCAGAUGGUGAAUCUCAGAUGUGCUGUGCUGCGCGCCAACCCGACGCGUAUCACAGACAUCCGCUGGUACCGCAACGGUGAUUUUCUCCAUGUGCCUAUGCUGGACCUUAAGGAGACCCCCGAGCUGAAAUUUAAACUGGACCCGGCAAAUAACGGCUCUUAUGAGUGCCGAGUCACCAAUAGUGCAGGAACAUCCACGUGCAGAUUUAAUGUCUCAGCACAACCUUAUGAUGCUGAAUUUUACUUUGACACGCCCAAUCCAGUGAGGAUUCUAAAAGGGAACAACUACUCUUACAACCUGCAGUGGACCCAGAAAGACCCCGACGCCACAGAUCGUAUCAUUGGCUACUGGAUUGUUGUCCGAAAGAACAAGCAGAACCUGCUGGCGAGGCAGAUCGACCUCAAGGGCAAGGAGCCAGAGAAGGGGGUGCUGAUGUCCUACACCAUCAGCAACCUGAGAAUCCCGCUUUCCUACGAGGUCCGACUGGCUCCCUUCACCACCUACAGCAGGGGGGAAUAUGUCAGUCGCACCAUCCAGUACUCGGAGCCGUACACCUACCCGAGACCCUCAGACCACGUCUGCGGGUUUGAAGAUGAGCGAAUUUGUGGGUUUUCACAAGACCGGAGUGACGCUUUUGACUGGACCCGACAGAAUCACAUGACCCAAAAUCCCAAACGGUCUGCCAAUACAGGACCCGAGACAGACCGUAGCGGAACCAAAGAGGGAUACUACAUGUACAUCGAAGCAUCGCGGCCACGAGUUCAAGGAGAUAAAGCUCGUCUGCUCUCUCCACUUUUUAACGUGACCAUGGUCAGGGGCCCCAAGGGGUCUAGUAGAGUCCCUUACUGUGUAUCCUUCUACUACCACAUGAGGGGCAAACACAUUGGCACUCUUAAUGUUCAUUUGAGAGUAAGGAGCAUCGGAAUUGCCUCAGUGGACUCCUUGCUGUGGACCAAAUCAGGUCAUCAAAGCCCCGACUGGAAGAAAGCAUACAUUGACAUCACUCCAAGUGGACCAUUCCAGAUCGUUUUUGAAGGAAUCCGGGGGCCGAGCUUCGAGGGCGACAUUGCUAUUGACGACGUGUCCAUCACCAUGGGCAAAUGCAAGCAGAAGAACACUCUUGCCACUGCAGGUAAGACAGUUCUGAUCGGCGGCUCACCGGCGCUCCCGUCAGCCAGAGGGCUGACCCUCGUCCUCUCCUGCAUCACUGCCCUGUUCUGCAGAUGAUAAGCAGUCGAUCGCAGCGCCACCUUCUGUCUGUGCUGACAGACACUGCCCCGAUUCGCGCUCUCACUUCUUCUCUCAACCCGAGUCUCGGACUCCUACCCUCACUUCGCCCGUGACCUCCUUCCCUCCACGAUCCAUGGGAACACGCUCUUUACUUUAUUUAAACACUGCUCCAAUGACAUAUUAUAACAAACAUAUUCCUAUCAUGUAUUUAAGCUAAACAUCUUCUUUAAUGGUCCAUUCAAUUUUCUAAUAUCCAUGUCAAGUGUCGUCCCCCCCCCCACUCACCUUCUUCAUUAGCCUAGGUCUACAUGUAUGACCGUCCCACCUCCGCACCCUCUUUUCUCCCUUCCCCCGAGACACACCAAAGUGUCAGACACUCUACCAAAGAUGAUCUGAGGGAAAAGAACGAGGGAUUCCAGCGAUCUAGCAAACGGGACGGAUAAUGUGGGCGAAUCCCUCCUUUCGCUGACCUUCGCCACCAGCCGAGCGA